AUGAUAUCAUGGUUAAUAUCAUCUUCACUAACUUUAAUAAGGUUUUCUUUGAGACAUGAGUACUUUGAAAAUAAUUAUUGUUCAGAAGGAACUUGGAGUCGCCUUGCAUUAGAUCCUUUGUUAAAAAUUCUCACACGUCAAUUGAGUGCACAUAGCUUUAAGCAAUGGGGUGAAACCGGAUCUCUUGCCUCAAAAUUUCGUAAGGGAACAUAUCCUCAAAAACCAGAUUUUUGGUUUUUAAUGAAAGCUGCUGGUACAACACAAGAGAUUUUAUAUGAAGAAACAUCUGGUACCCCAUUUGCAUCCAAACCAGAUAAAAACUCUUCUGAUUUAUACAAGUUGUUUCGAUUUGGCCGAGAUUCAAAAAAUAUGAUGACUGAUCAGUUAAUCAUAAAAAAUUUUAAACAACUACAAGAUUAUGAGGAUUUAUGGAAGCAGUUGUGUGAAAUUGAAGUAAACAAAGCUCAAGAUAUACAUAAUGGAUCAACCAGGUCCCCAUUAUGUCGUGUACGUCUAAUAUUUGAUCUUGAAAUUCCAUAUGAUUUGUCUGCAGACAAAAGCCUUGUUUUGGGUUUCAUACAUAGCUUAUGGAAGAUUCAUCUAGGUUUGGAAAAGACUAUGAAAGAUAUGGAUAGCAUAUGUGAUAAGAUACAAGAACAGCAACAAGAACUUCUUGCUCAAUUAUCUAAUGGUUCACCUAAUUGUUCUAUUCAAAUUUAUCACUCUUAUCCAUCUCCAUAA